AUGAUUCAGCCACAGAACAAACCUGAGCAGAAGCAAGACCAGGCUGUGAGAAGCAAGACCACCCUCGGCGUGACUGCAGCGCCACCUGCUGAGCUGGAGCAAGAUGCCAUCAAGUCCAGGCCCCAGUCCGCACCACCCGAAGACCGGAUGAGCAAACUGGAGGCAACACUUGCCGGCUUCAUCCUGGCCCAGCAGAAGAGAGAGGAGAAGUGGGAGAAAGAAAGCAGCACAGCGCCAGGACCAGAAAAUCUGGUGGGGGGCGCGGAGAACCAGCACCGCCAGACCCCAGCGGUGGCCGUGGAAUCCCAAGACCCGCCAGCAGCUGNACCGGAGGCUGNCCCUGACCACCAGGAUGACCAGGAGCCGCAAAGGUCUGCGAGCGUAGCUCUUGAGAGCAGACCAGAGUCCUGGGUACGCAGCCCUGGGUCGGAGUCGUCCUGGCCUUUGCCCCUCACCCCAGCGGAGUUCGGCUACCGGCCUCCCAAGAUGGUGCCCUACUCUGAAGAGGAAGACAUCGAUCACUACCUCACCACGUUCGAGAGGAUAGCAGCCGUGAACAGGUGGCCAGUGGAGAGUUGGGCUGUUUUCCUUGUCCCCCUGUUAACAGGGAAAGCCCGUGCUGCUUACGUAGCAAUGGACAUUGUUGCCGCCCAAGACUAUGUCAAAGUCAAGCAAGCUAUCCUGACCAAGUAUGAAAUUGACCCUGAAGCGUACCGGCACAGAUUCCGUGCCACGACUGUCCAGGAGGGGGAGACGGCGAAAGAACUGCAGUCAAGACUUGCCGACCUGUACCAGAAGUGGAUGGGCCCGAGUGUGAAGACCAAGGAGCAGAUCGGUGAUGCCAUCAUUCUGGAGCAGUUCAUCCGCAUGCUCAACCCAGAGCUGAAGGUGUGGGUCAUGGAGCGGAGCCCACGUACCUCCAAAGAAGCAGCCGAAUUGGUGGAGGCCUUCGUUGCUGCACGACGACAUCGCAGAGGCUACCAGAUCGGGAACCAGGUCCAGGAUGACCAUCGGACCCGGGGUGCCCAGCGACAGCCUGACCAACGCCAUCAAGCCAAGUCGGCGGGUGGUUGCCGUGAGUUGCCCCAAUCCAAUGCCCCUCACUCUAAGUCUAGUCCCCACACUGCACAUAGCCCCACCCUCCCCCAAGAUGGCACCAGCACCGACCACGACGGGUGAGCAGAUGUCUUGCCCCACCUCUGCGAGGAGUUUCAAGCAUAAGUUGGGGGAUGUGUGAUGAUGCGACCCGU